AUGUCUUCUCCCUUUUCUAAAGCUGACAUAAACACGAUCAGACUUGAAGAUUCCGCGUACCCUGAACAAGUGUGGUAUACAAUCGCCGCCUUUCUCUUCGUAAAAACGGCUGUUACCAAUGGCGUCCAUCACAAAUUUUCUCUUCAUCGGAUUCCGCUUGCGAUCAUAAAUUUCUAUCGCGUUGUUGCCUUCCGAUGGACCCUAGAAAUAGGGCAAUCUUAUACCCUCAACAUGGCGGAGGUUUUUGUGACCGUGGCAUACAUCGCCCUUUUGCUGAUCUAUGCCUUCAUUAACACAACCUCAGCCGAGGGUCAGAAGCUUGAUAUCGACUACUGGAGCAGACGCACAGGCAUGCUGGCAGCCAGUCAGUUUCCCAUUGUCACAGCUCUUGGCACAAAGAACAAUAUCGUGUCUUGGGUCACAGGCAUCAGCUACGAUAGGCUCAAUUAUAUUCAUCGAAUGAUGGCUAGGACAUGCUUCAUGCUACUUUGGGUGCAUGCGGCGGGCGAAGUGCUAUGCUAUCCCUCCUUCCGGGAGACUUUGGACGUGGACUGGCUCCGUCUCGGUAUCGCCGCCAUGGUUGCCUUCUCUAUUCUGAUCUUAGUAUCACUGCGUCCCGUUCGUAAUGAGGUUUACGAGGUCUUUUUCUACAUCCACUUCCUUGGCGUCCUUAUAUUUCUGGUGGGAGGAUAUUACCACGUUUUGGGUUCCCAAGGUGCUCAGGUGUACUGGAUAUGGCCGUCGUUUGUGGUCUGGGCUUUCGAUCGCUUCGUCCGGGCGGUUCGACUUGUUGUAUUCAAUCACUCUUACUUUGGCUUCAAGUCAGGAACCGGGACAAUGGACGCAGAGACAGAAUUGCUUUCUGAAGAUGUCAUUCGAUUGCGUCUACGUCGACCCUCGCAUUUCCACUGGUCCCCAGGACAAACAGCAUAUCUAAUCAUGCCCAGCGCGCACCCUUUUACUAUUGCGAGUUUCGAUCCUAGUCUGCUGUCAACCGUAUCAGCGGAGGAUCAAUCCAGCAGUGAGGUUAUGGGAUCUAGCGUUCCAUUCUGGAAGGAGCUAGUAUUUUUUAUCAACGUGCAAGAAGGGUUUACGAAAAAACUAAAGGAGGUAGCUGCCAAGAAGGAAACUGUCAAGGUUUUUGUAGAUGGUCCUUAUGGCCCAUCUCCUGACCUCGGUUCUUAUGACACCUCUGUAUUGGUGGCAGGUCGGUCGUGCAUUGUCUCACGCGUACGCAAGGGGAAAAGCUCUUGCACACGCGUAGUGUUCAUUUGGUCAAUUCGCGGGGCUGAGUUUGUCAAAUGGAUUGAAGAAGCACUUAUCAAGGCUGUUCAGCUUGCUCCGCCUUCUUUGACAGUCUCUAUUCGCAUCUUUAUCACCGCUUCUUCACCCGCGACGCAAUCUAACUCGUCCGGGGAGGAAAAUUCCAGCGUUUCAAGUUCAACUGAGAAGAAAGACAGUCUCGUACACGCGAUAAUCAAGAAACAUUCCUUAUCUCUGUCAUUCAUGUCGCUGCACGGCGUUAGGAUGGAAACUGGAAGACCGAAUAUAGAUGCACUGCUCAAAGAAGAGGUCGGUGUGACCUCGGGAAGGAUGUCGGUGAGCGUUUGCGGAUCGCAGGCCAUAGCACGCUCUGUCCGUCAUGCACUUCGCUUCCCGGUCUCCGGGCCCUCCAGUAUCCUCAGUGGUGGACCGAGCGUAACACUGCAUAUCGAAUCGUUCGGAUAUGCCUGAUAGUCUCCUCUUCUUAUUCGCUUUAUGCAUGACCUAUGUUUACUGUGUAAUUAGAGUUCCUCGCGAUUUGUUGCUGUAGCUUGUAGCCUCGUCGCCGGUCGGCUGCCAACAAAAAGUUAAAUGAUAAAAACUUCUGACUUGGUCCGAUCACGCCAUCCAUCAGCGCUCAGCGCUCAACAUUUUUGAUCGCAAGGACCCGAUA